UCACAAGGUUUACGCCCUGCUCCAACCUACUGGCUUUAGUCUAUUACUCCUGUGGGUGUGUAUAAUUAAUGCCCACUGUGUCAUCCUUCUGUAUCAUGUUAUAAGUAGAGCCUCAGUGCGUCUGUGCAGCACAUAACUGUGAUCAAACUACUUAUGGCACUUCUGAGGUACUGAAUGUACUGGAGUAAAGUCUCCGAGUGUUCACACUGUUCUGCAGCAGGACCUUCAGUGGAUAUCUUACACCUUCAGAGGAUCUGUAAAAGUUGGUUCAUGUGUUUCCACCUGGAUUUGUAUAAACAGAUGGGAAAGUGUUGAAGAUGAGCCUAGUGUCCAGUUUGUCCAUCAGCCACGCAGGAAGUGAAUAAUCCCAGGCUUUAAGACUAAAGAACACGUUCAAGGAAGUUCUCUCUCAAAUACGGAUAUAAACAGGAUUUAAAGGUCACUUGUCACGUGAAGUUCAUGAGUUUUCUUUCGUUCUUCUCCUAAAGGUAAAAGAUGACAUCCCAACCUUCAGUAGGAUCUUAUCAGAAUGUCCUGCUGCCUAUCUUCCUGCUCUUUUGCUUUGGAGGAGCAUUCUUCACUUACUACAAGCCGUCUGUAAGCUCGAUCAUCUGCUCCAAUGUUCCAGUCUCCACACAUGAAGUCUGCACAGAUGAAUGCCUCAAGAUAUUGACAGCAAACUUUACCCAGAACAUUACAGCUCUUAACCACACCGUGGAAAAGCAACUACAACCGGUCACCAAAGCAGCUGUCACAGAAGAAAACAUCAUCCUUUUAAUCUGGAAUUGGCCUUUUGGGUUUAAGUUUGAUGGAAAAGCCUGUAGUCCACAGUUUGGUAUUGAAGGUUGUCAGAUUACCGACGACAGAAGCCUAUAUGACAAAGCCCAUGGAGUUAUGUUUCAUCACAGAGAUAUUGGUGGUGAUUUCACAGGUCUGCUGAACAGACCACGACCUCCAUACCAGAAGUGGGUGUGGAUGAACAUGGAGUCUCCUGAUAAUUCAGGUAGACGUGCUGAGUGUGAUAAUGCAUUUAAUCUUACAUCAAACUAUCGGAGAGAUUCAGAUGUCUGGGUACCUUAUGGGAGAAUCGUACCACAAUCAGAGAAGGACAAAACUUUCCAAAUACCAACAAAGGAUAAAACAGUCUGCUGGAUCGUCAGUAACUGGAAUCCCAACUUUAAAAGAGUGAAAUAUUUUACUGAACUCAGCAAACACAUCAAAGUAGAGGCUUACGGUAGACACUUCAACAGGUACGUCGGAGAUGAGGACUAUAAUAAGAUUUUAUCGAGCUGUAAGUUCUACUUGUCCUUCGAGAACUCCAUCCACAAAGACUACUUCACAGAGAAGCUGUUUAAUCCCAUGAAAAUCGGCACAGUUCCUGUGGUCAUCGGUCCACCCAGGGAGAACUACGAGGAAGUCAUUCCCUCAGAUUCAUUUAUUCAUGUGGACGACUUCAAAUCUCCUCAGGAACUGGCAGAACAUCUCAAAUAUCUGGACCAGAACCAGGAGGCUUAUGAACGCUACUUCACCUGGAGACAACACUUCACUGCUUUAGGUGCACCUUUCGGACUAGAACACGCAUGUCGAAGUUGUGAGCAUAUAAAGAACAAUAAGGCGUACAGAGUGUUUAAAAAUCUCAAUAAGUGGUACUGGGGUUAGCUAACAUGACACGAGAUGAACUGACGAGCACUUUUUUAACUUUUACAGUGAAUUGACCAUAAAUUAUUAUAUUCAUUUCUAUCCAGGGUUUAAGGUUGCACAUCUCCUGAUUUUUGCAUGCACAUGAAAUCGUAAUAUCUAAACUAAUAAUAAUGACACUGAAUAAUUAUUAGUUAAACACUGUUAACUAACAGCUACACACUCACAUUCUGUACUAUUCAUUUCCCCCUUUGCUUUAAAUGCUAUGUUGAUUUAUCUAAUUAUUAUUAUUAUUAUUAUUAUUAUUAUUAUUAUUAUUAUUAUUAUUAUUAUUAUUAAUCCUAACUAUCUCUGCCCUGCUGGUUCAGUUUUGUAGAGAAGUUCACAUGAAGUUUAUCUUUGUUCUGUCCUAAAGCACUCAGGAGCUGAGAAGGAUCCGUACCUGUACUUUCUGGUUCAUGUUUACAUGUUGACAUUAUUCUAAGUGCCUUAAUAAACGUCUGUGCUCAAGGUGUCAA